UGGAGAGAGAAACUGAGAAAGAUUUGUUUACAUUGACGUUCGACUAAUUGAUACUGCAGACUGCAGCAUGACAACAUGUUUUAGUAGAAAGUAGAAUAUAUUUAUCUGACAGAUUAGUAUUGAUGUGCAUUCUUUCAGUGUGUGGAAGUGAAGUCUGGAAGUGAGUGAUCCAAGCAGGCGGGAUGGAGAGCAGCGACAAGGUGACACCCGAGCUGAUGAUGGCUGUCGGGACAGCUGUGAUUGGCUCCUUCCAGUUUGGCUACAACACUGGUGUCAUCAACGCUCCCCAGAAUAUCAUCGAGAGCUUCUACAAUGAGACAUGGACCAGCAGGUUUUCAGAGCCCAUUUCCCAGACCACCUUAACAGCUCUGUGGUCGCUCUCUGUGGCCAUCUUCUCUGUAGGAGGAAUGUUCGGCUCCUUCUCUGUCGGCCUCUUCGUCAACCGUUUCGGCAGGAGAAACUCCAUGCUCAUGGCCAAUGUGCUCGCCUUUGUUGCUGCUGCCUUUAUGGGCUUUUCCAAGCUUUCUGAUUCCUUUGAGAUGCUCAUCACUGGACGUUUCAUAGUGGGUCUCUACUCUGGCCUCUCCACUGGCUUUGUACCCAUUUAUGUUGAGGAAAUCUCUCCCACAUCUCUCCGCGGAGCAUUAGGCACUCUGCAUCAGCUUGGCGUAGUGAUCGGUAUUCUCACAGCACAGAUCUUUGGGAUUGAAUCCAUCAUGGGGAAUACCUCCCUGUGGCCUAUCCUGUUGGCUUUUACUCUGCUGCCGGCUGUCCUUCAGUGCGCCCUGCUGCCCUUCUGCCCUGAGAGCCCCCGAUACCUUCUCAUCAACUGUAACGAGGAGAGCAAAGCCCGCAGCAUCUUGAUGAAGCUACGGGGCACUGACGAGGUGAGUGAGGACAUGCAAGAGAUGAAGGACGAGAGCCAGCAGAUGAUGAGGGAGAAGAAGGUGACCAUCCCUGAGCUGUUCCGCUCCCCCAACUACCGUCAGCCUAUCUUUGUUGCCAUCAUGUUGCAACUCUCACAGCAGCUGUCUGGAAUCAAUGCUGUGUUCUACUACUCGACUGGGAUCUUUGAGCGAGCAGGUGUGUCCCAGCCUGUCUAUGCAACCAUUGGUGCAGGAGUGGUCAACACUGCUUUCACUGUGGUUUCUUUGUUUGUGGUGGAGCGUAUGGGCAGGAGACCACUUCACCUCAUUGGUUUGAUGGGAAUGGCAGUUUCAGCUGUUUUUCUAACUGUUGCCAUGGCGCUGUUGGACCAGUUCAGGUGGAUGUCCUAUUUUAGUAUUGUGGCCAUCUUCAGUUUUGUCGCCUUUUUUGAAAUCGGCCCCGGCCCCAUACCCUGGUUCAUUGUGGCCGAGCUCUUCAGCCAGGGGCCCCGGCCUGCUGCCAUUGCGGUUGCUGGUUUCUCAAAUUGGUCUGCCAACUUCUUAGUGGGGAUGUGCUUCCAGUAUGUUGAGCAACUCUGUGGCCCCUAUGUCUUCAUUAUCUUCACCGUCCUUCUGCUCGGCUUCUUCGUCUUUACCUACUUCAAGGUGCCAGAGACUAAGGGCCGCACCUUUGAUGAGAUUGCAGCAGGUUUCCGCCAGUCAGCUGGUCAGGGUGCUGACAAAUAUUCAGCCCCUGAAGAGUUCAACACCCUCAGGGGGGACGACCCGGACCUCUGAAAGCUUCCAUUCAUGCACACACUCACGUGCAGCAAGGUUACAACACAACAUGUUGUCAUGUCAUGUCUCAAAUAUCCCAUAAGCUAAUUAAAGGGUCAGUAUUUAAGAAGAGGUUUAAUCUGCACACAGACUGUAAUAAAAAUGGAUGACCUAACCGAGGAUCACUGUUAGAUACAUCUAAUAGGCUUUUAAAAUCCAGUAAGUGAGAGGCUUGGGUGUGCUGCAGCAGAAAACACAGGGAGGUUUUAGACUUUUUUCCCAGUAUAAAAAGCAGAAAACAAGGUCAGGGUAAUAUAUUGGUGUGACUAUGACGUUUAUCCAGCAGAGUGUGCUGUGGUUUACAAUACUGUGGCAAGCAGCACAGAGUAAGAGAGAAGAAGCAGCUCUUAGCAAUGUCAACUAGAAAUGGUUGACAAUCUAUAUGUUAAAUUAUUAACAUGUUAAAAAAUAUUUAACUUUAGUAUUCUUAGUAGUUAUUUGUGUUAGAAAGCAGCCUUCUAAGUACCUUUGCAAAGUCAUAUUGGUGCACAUCCACAUAGACAAGGUCUAUUUUAAUUCCAGCUCAAAAAUAAACUAUAUUGGCCGCCAUAUUGGUAGUCUAAAUUGUUCCCUCUAAAAUGGAUAUCAGUCUCAAAAAUCCCAUUUUGGUCGGGUUCUAGUUUAGACAGUAAAUAUUUGGAGUUAAAUUAUGUAGUAAUAUUCUUAUUCAAAAUAGAAAAUUUAACAUUCAGUGUAUAACUUGAAGACCUCAGUUUCUAUUUCAUGUCUGUUAUGCAAUUACAUUUUCUAUUUAAAAUGGAAAAUCUCUGCUGUGUAAUCUUUGCAUUGUAGGUCAUAAGUAUGAGAUUUUACUAAAAAAGUUAGAUUUAAUUUAGUAAGUCAGAACUACAGUAUAUACAAGUGAUUUGUGUCUAAUAAACCCAGACAGAAAUUCAGAAAAAGCUGAAACAUUGCAAAAAGGUGGAAGAAAAGCGGAAAAGUUGGUGGAACCAUAAAAGUGAAAUCUGAGAAAGUGCAAUGGAAACAUACUUAGUGGAGAUCUGUGUGGAGGGAUGAAGAGACUGUAACCUUCCUCACAUUAAUAUAUGAAAAUAAGAGAAAUUUAUAUUGUCAUAUGGUUGUCCAUAAUUUGUGCUUUGACUGGGGCUCCUUUAAUAACAACAACAUGUUGCAUGCUCUUCUGCAACCACUUAUUGACAAUGACUGGAGAAUUAGCACCACCAGCUGUUUAUCAUCAACCAAUGAACUCAUAUUCACACAACAGUAGUGGGUGGAAACACAUUCAUCUUUUGCGAAUUGGAACUUUGGUUAAAAUUUGCACUACAUUUGGAUUAAGUACAAUGUACAAUUUUUGAUUCACAGUCAUUGUGACAUACUGAUAAUGACAUGAAGGUAUGUUCAGACUGACUAUGAAGAAUUGUUUUUGUAAAUUUGUUUGUAAAGUCUGUGUUUAUUUAUCCCAAACAGCCAAGACUAACUCAGACUUAGUGUGUAAAUAAGUAACCUAUAACUUUCUCCAACAACUGAUGUGUCAUUGUGCUAAGCAGCGCUUGGUUUUUGAAUCAAUCAAUCAAUACCUUGAAAGCAAAGGGGAAUCUGAGAAACUAUAGUAAUGGUCUUCUCCUUCACUAACAUUUAUCCUCACAUGGUAGACUAAACUGGUGACAUCACUUUUGUCAGUUUUUCAGUAAAUCACUGUGGAGCUUACAGACAAAUUUCAUGCUCAUUUAUUCUGAGUUAGAGCAAAAUUCAACAUUUUUGGAAGUUCAUGCACAUUAACUCUCUGGCAGAGAGUUAGAUGAGAAGAUUGAUCCCACUUUCAUAUCUGUCCUUUAAAUAAAACCUUAGCUUAGCACAAACACUGCAAACAGGCGGAGACAGCUAGUCUGGCUCUGUCCAGUAGUAACAAAAUUCACCUACCAGUACCUCUAACUGUUCCUCUCACUAAUUAACAUGUUAUAUGUUGUUUGUUUAAAUGUCCACUGUGUGUCAUUUAGGAGGAUCUAUUGGCAAAAAUGGAAUAUAAUAUUCCUUGGUAUGUUUUUAUUAGUGUAUAAUAACUUGAAAUUAAGACUUGUGUUUUUGUUAGAAUAAGCCAUUUUUAUCUACAGAGAGGGCUGGUCCUCUUGACAGAGGCUGCCAUGUUGAACCGCCAUGUUUCUACAGUUGCCCAGAGCAGACAAACCAAACACUCCAGAUAGGCCCAUUUGCAUUUUUCGUGAGUUUUGCGGCCACCGUAGUUUCUCCCACAUGCUUGGGAGGCUGAGCUGUAUUCAAAUAGUUGCAAUCUUGGACUUCAUUGCUAGUUGCCACUGAAUCCUGAAAAGUGCAAACCUGCCAGUUCACCAUUAUAAGGGUGUUAUGUGUUGAGACUGCUUAUCUACUGGAAUGCCAGCUGCUCAUAGCCAAGAAUCUUUGCAUUGAUAUACUACAUAUUUUGCAAUGUUAUGCAGUCUGAGCACACUUUUACAGCUAAGACAGAGUGAUUUCAAAAGGUCAAAUUUUCCCGUCUCCUUUUAGCCCCAGCUGUUUCUGUAUAUUUCAUAAUAACUGGAUCACAGUUGGUUAUUUAUAAUGAAUAUUGUAGCUUAUGUAUAUGUACUGUAUAAUUAAUUAACCUACUGAAGUCAACAUCCAUUUCACAUUUAUGAAUUAACUUUACUGUGAUUUGUACAUUAUGAAAUUGUUUUGUCUGACAAAUAAACUGUACAGUGUUUUAGAAAAUAAAGGAUAUAUAAACACAA